AGACCGGCCGCGCCGCUGCGCCCAAGGUCAGCGCCGCCGCGCUCGGACCCCGGCCCGGCUCGGAGGUGACCCCCGGCGGGGCCGUGGGGCGGCGGCGCUGCCGUCCUGGCCGCAGCUCCCGGCGCGGGGCCGCCGGUAGGCACGGCGGUACCUCCGCCGGCAUCGCCGCUCGGGGCCCGAGCGCAGCGGGCCGGGCCGGUGCCCGCCGGGGAGCGGGGUGCGCUGCGGCGGCCGGUGGCAGGCGGGCCGCUGCGGGUGGGGGGAGCAGCCGUGGCCUGGCAGCGCGGUGUGCGGGUGCUCUCGGCGGCAGUUCGGAGUCUGUCGGUGGGUUUACGUGCGUUUCACUGUUUGUUUCCCGCUGGACGAUGGCAAGAUAUAAUUGCUGAGGCUCUGUAAAAUGGCUUUACGCUUCCGCAAAGUCAUCCCAUAUGCCAUACCUGGAGUGCUGGCACUUCUUGGCUGCUGGUGGAUCUAUUCCCGUAGAAAAAAGUAUGCAAGCUAUUACAGCAAACAAGAAGUAGCCGUUGAAGAGCAGCGGGAAGUGCCAGAAGCAUGUGUUCCGACGAGAGAGGCAGUCUUCGAGGAAGAGGAAUGCCCAGAGAAUGAAACCUCGACCUCCCUGCGGUCAGCAGGGUUGACGACGCCCUCUCUUCUGUGUCAAACUCAUGAGAGGCUAGAUCUCUCACAGGACCUUCCAGACCUGUCAGUAACGACACUUCAGCCCAGCACGCUUGAAGACGACAGUGAAAAACUAGAAACAAUAGUAUCUCAAGAUGAAAGCAGUGGCCCUGCUUGUGCGUCUCUCCCUCUGACGUCAGAGUGUCACGGCAGCGCUGCAGUGAGCCUUCUACAGGAUUCAUGCUCUAGUGCCAACCAAGAUCAGGGGCCAUCAGCAUCAAUGACACUGACACGAGAGUCUUUGGGAAUCACGGAGGAGAUCAGCAAUGCAGAGCAGCCAGAUGAUUCUUCAUUUAAGCUCCCUGAGGAAAGCCAGAUGCCAGAAAUUGUGCCAUCGGAUACUGGCUGUGUGACAGCCCUUUCCUUGGGAAUGGAGAAGGAAGCCAAUAUCCCACAAGCCUUUCUCAAUAAUGAAGUUGAAGUUGUAUCAAGUCACAAGGAUUCUGCAGUGAGCAUGUCACCGGGUAGUUCGGAGUCUGCCUGUUUGGAGCUGCCCAGGGAAGAAAAGAUGUCUGAGUCAAUUGCCAGUACUGUACCUGUGUGUCCGGAGGAGGACACACAGCCAAAAGGGAAUGAAUUGGAAAGAGAGAAGAUCGGAGAAGUGAGUUUGGACAAGGAAGAAGUUGAGAAAAUUGAGCAAGUAGCAAUACAGAUAAUUUCCAAGGUCAUUUUGGCAGCAACUGAGGAAGUGCUGUCUGGUUCUGCAAGCGAUGUGCCCACUCGGAUCUGCCAGGCUGCUGCCGGCCGACUUGAGACACCUCUGGAGAUGGCAAGCGUUGUUUCCUCUGAUCAGAUGCUUGCAGAGGAAGCUACAGUAGCUGAUGAGAACAUUGCUGUGAAGAGUGAUGCUGCGGUAAUGACAUCCCCGCAGACAGAGGAACAGGAUCAGAGUGUGACCGAUUCCGGCUGUUUAAUACAUGGCUGUCUAUCCGGCCCUGUUCAGGGAGACAGAAAAGAUGGCCGGGUGAGGAGCCGUGUGUGCAGUGAGGAAGUGCUGUCUGAUUCUACAAGCGACAUGCCCGCUCGGAUCUGCCAGGCUGCUGCCAGCAGAGUUGAGACGCCUCUGGAGACGACAAGCGUUGUUUCCUCUGAUCGUGUGGUUGUGGAGGAAGCUACGGGAACGGAUGAGAACAUUGCUGUGAGGAGUGAUGCCGAGGUAAUGACAUCCCCGCAGACAGAGGAACAGGAUCAGAGUGUGACAGUUUCCAGCCGUUUAUUGCGGGGCUGUUUAUCCAGCCCUGUUCAGGGAGACACAAAAGAUGGUCGGGUGAAGAACCGUGUGUGCAGCGAGUCCCAAGGAGUUGAGUGGGCUCCUGUGGAAAACUAUGGAGGGUCACUGGAAAAGUCACCUUUGGUUAUGGGGGACUCUGGGUGCGGUGCACGUGCAUCCGAAGGUGGGACAAGUGUGAAGGACCCACUGCAGAACGCAAUGCUGUCUGUCGCAUCAGGCCAGCAUUCGGACUCACUGAGGAUAUCUGCAACCCAAGAAGCACCUGCUGAGCAGAGCUCAGUACCAAGUGAGAAACCUCCUACUCUGAAGCUACCUGAAGGCAGCAAAGUGCCGUACAGUAACGGGAUGCUGAAAGGGGAUGGUCCAGACUUGCAUCAUGAGUGUAGCAGGGCAGCAGGCAUGGAUGGAGAUCACUCAGGAGCUUUGGAUGUCAAAAACAUGGAUUUUGUGGACAGUGGCUGUGCCAUGAGGAAGACAGUGGCUCACCAGAACGCUCAGCUAGAAGCAGAGUCCAGCAAGUCCGACUUCAUUGUCUGGGAAAUAGAGGUCCCAAAGGAUUUAGUUGGCCGCUUGAUCGGCAAACAAGGAAGAUUUAUGAACUUCUUGAAGCAAGCAUCUGGUGCCAAAAUUUAUGUCUCAACACUACCUUAUUUCCGUGACUCCCAAGUCUGUCACAUCGAAGGCUCCCCGCAACAAGUAGAAAAAGUACUGAACCUGAUUGGCAAGAAGUUCAAAGAGCUGUGUCUCACCAACAUCCACGCUCUACCUCCACCAACACCACUGACACUUCAUUCUCUCCUUAUGACUGCCUGGCUCUUCCUCCCAGAUGGAGUUGCUGUAGAGGUGGUCGUGGCAAACCAAGUCGAUGCUGGACACAUGUUUCUCCAGCAGCAUACGCACCCCACUUUCCAUGUCCUGCGUAGCCUUGACCAGCAGAUGUAUGCCUGCUACUCUCAACCUGAAAUUCCAACCCUGCCAACUCCAGUAGAAGUUGGUAUCAUCUGCGCGGCUCCAGGCCUGGAUGGGGCAUGGUUACGGGCUCAAGUUAUCAGCUACUUCGAAGAGACUGGUGAAGUGGAGCUCAGAUACGUGGACUAUGGAGGAUACGACAAAGUGAAGAUAGACAAACUCAGGCAAAUCAGGUCUGAUUUCUUAUCACUACCUUUCCAAGGAGCAGAAGUUUUACUAGACAACGUGGUACCACUUCCAGACGAGGAUCACUUUUCAUCCGAAGCUGACGCCGCUGUUGUUGAGAUGACCAAAGGCGCAGUCCUAGUGGCGCAGGUCACAAAUUAUGACAAUGCAACAGGUCUGCCACUGAUACAGCUGUGGAACUUGAUGGGAGAUGAGGUGGUGUCAGUGAACAGAACUCUGGUGGAAAGAGGAUUUGCUCGGUGGCUUGACUACUAGCGAUGUCCUAGAUGCCUUGACAACUAUUUCUGCGAAGAAAUCUUGUUUUGCACUGUUACAAUUUGGUUUGGCAACUUCUCAUAAGAAAACCUAUUUACACCUGCGUGCGGAGUUUUGCUGGUCCAUUCAAACGCAUUUUCCUCAACUGUUACCAUUUCACCUGAAACACAUACCUCAUCUCAGUGAAAGGCGGGGUGUUAAAAGCCAUAAUGACAGAUACUGUAGCUUUAAAGCAAAAAAAAAAAAAAAGUCCUCCCUGGCCUCUACUCAAAAGUUGAAUGCAAAAAACCUUAAAACCUUGGUGCUUGCUUGAAGCUAGCAAAUGCCCCUGAAAUGUUAACUGUGGUUGCAUUUCUGUUCAACGUGUACAAUGCCCCAUGAACUUAGUGUCUGCUUUUCCUGAAAGUUACUUUGGUUGUCCUUUUUUAACAGGCUCUGCCUAUGAAAUUAAUGAAUGUUAUUAAGGAAUUUAAUGUUCAGUUAUGGAUUUUUCUAUAUUGUGCCACUAACCUGCACAAACAACAUUCAUCUUGUGUCUUCCUUGUGCCAGGAGGUAGGUGAAUUGCAUUUGUUGCACUUACUGUGGCACAUGUCUCGCUGCAGUCAUGGUUUUUAGGCUUGACAUGCUUAAGGAAGAAAGCUUCUCUGUGCAGAUGCUUGAAGUACAGGAUGUUACCACUACAAUUUUUGCUCUGAAAUGUCAUGUAUUUAAAGAAAAGAACUGAUUGCCAAGCCCAAUUGUAGUUUAUAUUUUUCUAGCUGUGCAAGUCUGUAAAUAUAUAUAAAAAAACAUUGUAAUAUGUAAUAUUUUGUACAAGAAAAACACUGGAAACAAAGGGAACUUUACAGAAACUUUUUCACACCAAAAUGUCCUAUGUAGGUAGAACUGGUUUGGAGUGCAUUAGGGUAGCCGACAUAUUUGGAGCAUCUGAAUGCUGGGAGUGUUUCAGCUCUGCUGUAUACAGGAUUAGCAUUCCCGUAGAUUGCUGUCUGGUUUGAAUUGUGAUCACUGCAUUCUUUGCUAUGUUGCUGUACAGAUCUGUUAAAAAAAAAAAAAAGUAACAACUUGGCAUUAAUAUUGCAGUGGUGUUCUCAAUUUUUUUUUUUGCUCCUUUUUAGAUUUCUAUCAUAUUUAAAAUUUUGCUCAAGUAAUUUAAGCUGACUUAAUACUCUUAAACACAUGCCCUCUAAUGUAUAUCAUUUUAGAUAUGUAUUGCGCUGGGAUUUAUUGCUGGCAGAGAAGAUACUUGCCAGGAAAAUGUUGAUGUAGUCAGUCCUCAGAAGUUUUUUUCAGGUGGAUUCAAGGAUGUCCUUACAUCAUAUGAGCUAACAUGUCAGUGCAUCACACAUUUGGAUAGUUGCCUACAAAAGCAUUUGGUCCAAUCCCUUCUGAUAUGGUAUGGUGGGGUUUUUUUUUUUGAGUUCUCUCCUAUUUGGCACUUAUGAUUUAAUGUUCAUGUUUGCAGUAACAUCCAAUGAAAACUAAAUUUGGUAACUCAGUUAAAUCUAUAAAACAUAUAUCCUCUUGGAAUGUUUCUUUCCAUUUCAAUUAAAGCUCAAAUUUUAAGCCGUCUUAAUCAAA